CUGCCUCCUUUCCCCUUUGCUGCAACGAUGAAAGCAGAGGAGACAAUCGAGUUAGACCCGCGGAUGUGCUAUAUAAUCGUUUGUUAGACGUGAGACAUUUUAGUGCCGGUGCGCAGCCUGGUAAGCUCCCCAUCUCCACGGUGGGGUUAUUUUAUUCCCUCUGGAACACCGCAGGUUUUUUUUUUCUUCAUGUGUUCAAGGGGAAACCAGAGCAAGCUGAGAUACAGAGUAGUGGGGUGACAGACGAGUCGGCCCACUGCAGCGUGAAUCACCGCAGACUCGCCCCCAUCGCUGCCUUCUGCGGUCGUUUCUCCGUCGACGUGCGCAUCCCCUCGGAGACGGACAGCGGAGGGGGAGGGAGGGAAAGGGGGACGGGAACCGACUCGGCGUUCGACUCUCCUGUCGCAGCCCGAGGCGCGCUGCUAGGCGGGGCAUGCUAAAGAAUGAGCCAAAGGGACACGCUGGUUCAUUUGUUCGCCGGAGGAUGUGGUGGUACAGUAGGCGCCAUUUUGACUUGUCCUCUGGAAGUGGUCAAAACCAGGUUGCAGUCGUCCUCCGUCACGCUUUAUAUCUCUGAAGUCCAGCUCAGCACGGUUAACGGAGCCAGCGUCGCCCGCGUUUCUCCACCGGGACCCCUGCACUGUCUCAAGUUGAUAAUAGAGAGAGAAGGACCUCGCUCUCUGUUCAGAGGACUGGGCCCCAACCUUGUUGGUGUGGCACCUUCCAGGGCGAUCUACUUUGGAGCUUAUUCAACAGCCAAGGAGAAGCUGAAUGGAGUCCUGGAGCCAGACUCGACCCAGGUGCACAUGUUGUCCGCUGGGAUGGCAGGAUUCACCGCCAUCACAGCCACCAACCCUAUCUGGCUGAUCAAGACCCGUCUGCAGCUUGACUCCAGAAACCGAGGGGAGCGACGCAUGAAUGCGUUUGAGUGCGUGCGGCGGGUGUACCAGGUGGAUGGCCUCCGGGGUUUCUACAGGGGAAUGUCGGCCUCGUACGCCGGCAUCUCUGAGACUGUGAUCCACUUUGUGAUCUAUGAAAGCAUCAAGCGAAAACUGUUUGAGUCCAAAGUCCACACCUGCAUGGACGAAGAGGACCAGUCUUCUAAGGAUGCCUCAGACUUUGUGGGCAUGAUGCUCGCGGCAGCCACAUCUAAGACCUGUGCCACCUCCAUCGCCUAUCCUCAUGAAGUGAUCCGCACACGACUACGAGAAGAAGGCAGCAAGUACCGCUCCUUCUUCCAAACUCUUCUGACAGUCCCCAAAGAGGAGGGGUACCGGGCGCUGUACCGUGGCCUGACCACACACCUCGUCAGACAGAUUCCUAACACUGCUAUCAUGAUGUGCACCUACGAGGUGGUGGUCUACCUGCUCGGCCGUUAGCAAACCUUCCCGUUUUAAAAAAGGACACCGGUAAAGAACUGAGAAGGAUGCCAUUUUGACCUGGAAUGGUAUGGAUGAACCGUGGUAGGGAAGACCAAAGGAAGUCUGAAGAUACUCUAAUGGACCAGAGGAGGACGAAGGAGUAAGACGCAGCUAGUGGGGAGAACAUCGGCAUCAUCAGGUGAAGGGUACACAGCUCAGAGAGGUGCAGGUGUUGGAGAUCUGUAGGAUUUGACCUCAAGCUGAAUUCAUUGGCCUGGAAAAAGAAUUAGCUAAAUAAAAUCUUCACCCCUUUUUAAGAGAUACGACAUAGUGAAUGACUAAAAAACUAAAACAGUAGAGUGCCACUUUCAUUGAGGCUUAAUUUAGGUACAUAAAGGCGUCGGUAUAUUUUUAGCUCACCUCAAGCACUUCUUCGCACUUAGGUCUUCAAACAUUCAAUUGCUUUGUAAUAAAUAAAAAUAUCCUCAAAAAUUCGAUUUAUUUCAGUUCAAUUCAAAGGUGAUACUUAUAUUGAUAUAAUGUACAUGGGGUGAAAUAUUUCAAAUGCUAGUCCUGUCGAUUUCGAUAGCACUGUCCUACAGCCAGUGAAAACUCCAAAUUCUGUCCUUUUGAGUCUUCCACACUCUUGAAAGUGUUUUGGUUUACCGUAUUUUCAAUGUUGCGUUUACUGUUGUUGCUUGUGCCCCUUUUUUUCAUUAACAUGUUUCGCUUCCCCUCAACUUUCCAUUGAAAUAAUUGAAUACGGCCCUCUGAAAAGCCUGUCAUGUGUUAUGGGGAACACGUCUGACUGCAGAGUGGUCCAGCAGACAGUCAUGGCCCAAGAAGCUGGCUCUUCAGACUGCUGCAUCCACACAUAUUUGUAUAGAAAGUUAAGUGGAAGGAAAAUGUGUCCUGGAAAAAAGAUGCACUAGAGGGCUAGCCACGGCAUUAAGAAGGUGGUGAAGCAAAUUUCAUUCAAUAAUUUAGGCAGCGAUUAGGCAAGAUGUGGAGUGACAUUAGCUUUAUGCUGUAAUGGUCAUAACGAACAGAAAUAAACACUUGAACUAUAUCUCUCUAUAACAAAUCUUCAUCGGUGUAUAUCUCCUAAGUCUCCAGCAUUGAGGUGUAUGAGCCAGUGCCCCAGAACUAGGUUUAAAAAGCUGCGUGUUUUACUCCCUCUCCCGCCCUCUCGGCCCGGUGAUGACAUGGCUCCCGCUGAAUUUGGCCCUCUAUUUGGAAGCACGACUUUGCUAAUUCUGAAAAAAAAAUACGGUUUCGAAGACCCACUUUUGGUCAAUCGGAAGUCACUACUCAGAACUCAGCACUCUAGCGUGAUAACGGCAAGUCGGGUUCUUAACGAGUCAUGAAGCCUGCAUCUGGUUGUUACUGCGUCCUAAAAGUAUCUUCUACUAGAGAGCUACUACUUGAAGACAAUGUGACCGUUUGAGGAAGAUGUCGGUGGAGCAGAGUUGCUGAGAAGGUUCCUCCUCUACAAGUCUGUUAGUGUGCGAGUAUGUGAACGAUGUGUUUGUGUUUAAGACUGUGUGCAUCUGCAGUCGUGUGUGUGCCUGCAUGUCAAACGAAUAUAUACUCCAGAUUUCCAUCCACUAACUGAUAAUCUUGCAAUACGGUGCAGUGCGGGGCGUCGAUGGUGGUAGCUCGGGGUUCCCACCAGUCCUUCCUUCCCAGUGGCUUCCAGCUGACCUGAUAACAUGCACUUUUGUGGCCUUUCAGGGCUCGUGCUUUGCUUUCUGUUGUGUGGACGGACUAAACUUGUACAUUUGUGAAAGGAAAACAAAAGUAUUACUGUAUUUCAAAAUGGUAUUUUGCUCAACCGUUCUCAUAGCACAUAGACUUUCCAUUUGUUGUGAAGGAUGUUCCGAUGUUUGUAUAUAAUAUUAUGGCGUGUAUGAAUAUCUGUUUUUGUUUCUUCCUGAGCCCCUCUUCUGGACCGUGCUGUUGUUUGCCUCUUUGCAAAAAGAUCGUUUUCAUUUUUGUGCAAUUGAACCUGUUUUGACAUUGACUGUUGACGCACAAAUUAAUAUCGCUCGGCUACUUUUUUUUUUUUUUUUUUUCCCUGUGUCUUGUGUGUUGCAGAGAGCUAAGAAGUGCUGCAAAGUGAACAAAAUUUGAAGUGUUAGAGACCGAGCAUCGCUUAGGGUUGUGACGUUCCUCGAAAAAAGGUGUCCCGGUUUUUGCGAAAGCUUAGUCAUUUCUGUCGAUAAGAACGUUUACAUGUGCUUUUAGGCUCUGCUAGAUUCUGCUGCCGUUUUCUUUGCAGCUCGUUUUGAACAAUCACAUUUUGGGUGUUCGUACGGGAGAGUUCAGAAACCGGAAUAAUUCUGCAGACACUACAGGGUUCCAGGGCUGCUUCAAACAAGCAAAGCAAGCAGAAGGAAAACUAAAAACAAUGAAAGAAAUGCUUAGCAGUUCCCAAGGGUGAUUGGCGAAAGCAUAAAAGAAAGCCCCACUAGAAUGGUGCAUUUGUCAUAUAAAGGUGUUAUUUACACUCACACACACUCUGUUUGAGGUGAGCUUAAAAGUGAUGUUCUCCACUGACAGGAAAACCCGGAGCUUUCACGCCUGAUGUUUCUGAACUCCCCACACGAACUCCCUGUGUAACAUUUCAGAGACAGACUGAUCUGUUGUAACUUGUAUUAGCUUUUCAUUUUCAGUCAGGCAUGCUACCAACCUAUAGGUUUAGGUAUCUUUUAUUUUUUUUUUUCCAAAAGAAAGGAAAGGCGCUGUGCUCGUUUAAUGUCCGUGUGUUGCUGUAAAACACUAAAAGCUUUGAUUUGUGUCUUAUCAGCUGGUCCGCCGUAGUACUUGAGGUCACGGUAUCUGAAUGUGACGUGAGAAAACUGGACAAACCGUGCAACAAUUGAACUUGAUCAUUUAUCACUCGUGUCAGUGUCUUUGGCAGGUUCCCUUGGAUAGGAUGCUGCCUAAAAAAAAGGGUUAAACUAUGCUAUAAACUUUCCCCCAGCUCUGUCAUUUGUGUGUUUGUAUGUUUUUAUUUUUGUUUUGUUUUUUAAACACAAAAGCCAAUAAAAAUCUAUUUACAAUUACA